GUGAGGUUUCUCAGGACGCUGCGGGGCGGUGGGCUCGCUGUGUGACGGCAGCCAUCAAUCAAAGAUGUUAUUCGUAUUCAAACAGCAGAGUGCGUCGCGGCUCAGAGGGGGGGACCACACACACUACUAUAUAGGAAGAGAUUAAAACCCGGGGGUGUGCAAACCAGAUCACAUGAUCACACAUGAUGUGUGUGUGUGUGUGUGUGUGUGUCUUAGGUGGGAACAACAUUUCAAUGACUAUUUUUGUUUCUAUUCUUUUUUUUUUUGUUUCUAUACAAGAUGGCCUCCCUCUGCCCCCUCCCCCAAACAAUACAAGCCUGUUUCCGGGAUGUGUGCGUCACAAUAUGCCAUGUCAGUGACUCACCAGCUCAACGACCUUUGACGGAAAAAGAUUGAGGAGGUAGAAAGUGUGUGUGGGGGGGUGAUGACGUGGCUAGGUCCCAAUCGUGCCCCCGUCUAAUCUUCGCUGCACACCUUCCUUUCACCUUUAUUGAUUGGCCUUAUGACUUUAUGACUUUGUGAUUAUUAUUAUUAUUAUUAUGCCGUUAUUCUCAGAAUAGUAACUUUUUCCUGGUUAGAUGGAAAGUUUUCCUCUUUGUUGAUUGGCUGAUUUUCUUGCCAAUCAUAAAAAGCGUCGAUGCCCCUGUCUCCCAUUUUGUUAUUUUUUUGUAAUGUUUUCAGGCUUGGAGCGUCGCAACACAAACAAUCUUUGUGUGGUUGCUCCACAGAUAACGAGAUCAUCACUUUCACUGUCCUCCUUUCUCCCUGCCGAUUAGCAUGAGAAAGCAGUUUUAACAGCCCCCCCCCCUGCUUGUCCUUUGAGCAACGUGUCAUCCCUCCAAGUUGAGAACACCUCCAGGAGGAGGAGGAUCCUGCGGGAAUAAUUCAGCCAGGAUGAAAGGCAGGGUUGAAAAUAGUUGAAGUGCGUGUUAAAGCGAGUGGAAGCGCUGCUGGCAACAUGGCGGCUCCUUUCAGGCCGCUGGCAAAGCCACUUCCUGUAAAGACGCCCCGCCGAGCCUUCAUACGCGGCAUUUCUCAAAGUCAGCGCGGCUCUCUUCUGGCACGCCAUUCCUCCUUUCAUUGAGCGGCUGGGCAGCUUUGCGGUGAAAUGGACUGUUCAUUAUUGGAGGGGCAUUUUACGGAGGGGCUGUGAGGUGCAAUUUAAUGAAUCUGUGACACAAAGCUUCCUUUCAUUGCCCCCGCCAAAGAAUGGGGGCUAUUUAGACUCUGUAGGGCUUUAUGUCAAAGGCAGACCAUAAUAGUUGUCAGGCCGGGGCACAAAUUCCCACUGGCCUUCAUGGGAAGGCACCAGAAAUCAUCCCAUGGCAGCACAUGAAGACGCGAGCCCUCGCUCGGGAGGAUUUUGGGAGCCGAUGGCGGCGUCUGUCCUGAGGCGCAGAUGUUCCCACGAGGUCGUCCUCAUUUGUGGAAAUUCCAUCAGGCUCAAAAAUCUUUGAGCCAUCCAUCUUUUCCCUUCAGGAACCCGAACCGGCUUGUGAAUCUCAGACAAUCCCUGCUGGGUGCAGGUGGCCCGGAACACGCAAAGAGUUAACUUUCUGACGCCCCUCCCCUUCAGUCCUCUGACAUCACGGGGUCCCGCCCCCUGAAAGAUCCGCUGGCUCCCCUCAGAGCUCCUCAGUCCAGCUGGGGAAUGUGCGGCGGGAGGGAACAUGCUCUGAGGAACCUUCUGGGAUCCAGGCGGACGCCGCAAGCAUGGCCGUUCAGACCGCCAUCAUGAACCCCCAGUUCAUGAAUUUCUGCUUCCUGGGCUCCACCAUGGAGUAUGACGUGGAGAAGAGUCCGGACGGGGGUCUCCUGGGCGAGGUGGAGACGGAGGAGGACUACAGGGAGACCACCAGGGAGCUGCUGAGCUUCAUGGACUCGGCCUCCAGCAACAUCAAGCUGGCUCUGGACAAGCCGGUCAAGUCCAAGAGGAAAGUCAACCAUCGCAAGUACCUGCAGAAGCAGAUCAAGAGGUGCACCGGGAUCAUCUCUCCAGGGCAGGACACCAUGGGGAAGGGCCAAGGUUCCUCCAGUCCUCAAGCGGUUCAGCCCGCCGCCCUGCAGAGUAAAACACUCCCCAAGCGUGACGGCGUCCAGGCCAGCUUGCAGAGCCGCAGCCUGGCCGCCCUCUUCAGCCCAACCAAGGAUGCCCGGGGGGAAAAGGCCAAGAAGCCCCCGUUGCGGCACCGCAACCUGCCCCCCUCCUUCUUCACUGAGCCGGCCAACUGCUCCAGAAUGUCCCCCGUCUCGGGAAUGUCGCUGAGGGACUUGGAGCGCUCCAACCCUGAGGCGGCGGACUUCUUUGAGCUGCUGGGACCCGACUACAGCAACAUGGCGGGCGAGCAGGAACUCUACCCGCCCGUACGGGGGCAGACGGACAUAGGGGGGAUGGACGUCACCGCCCACGAUGCCCACCACUGGGUCGGGGGUCUGUUGUACCCGGACCCGUGGACUAGCUGCUCGCCGCCACUCACCAGGAAGCUUCCGGAGAGCCUGCGGGCCAGCCCCGCCGCCCAGCCUGCGCUCUACUGCCAUCCGGAGGCCGCCCCCGCCUCCGCGGAGGAGAACGCGCUGUGCUCGCUGGCCUUCUCCAACUUCUUCACGGACUGCUCCAUACCUCAUGUCAGCUACGAUAGCUAUUCAUCUCUAUGAGACGUCAAAGCAGCUUCUCCCUGCUUCUGGGGAAGGGGUUAAAGCUACAGUAUGUAACAACUGCAUUCAAACAACUAUUAUAUGUAAUAGUAAGACCUUCCAAAUAACACUCGCUUGCAUGAAGGACUCAGCCGUUAUGGCUAUGAUAGCCAUGGUUGCACUGGUGGACCAGCCAGGACCAUCUCUCAUGUUGUCUUAGCUUCGGGGAUGUUUAUUUAAAAGAACAUAUGUAUAUGUGUGUGUGUGUGUGUAUAUAUACAUACACACUAUGUAACACAAUGUUAGCAUGUAGACUCACUAGCUCCUCCGAGAGUGUUCGUGAUGCUUCCGAGUGUUCCUUACCGUUGCUUUAAAACGCCCGCACAUCCGCGGGUAGUCUUUGUCUACCUUUCUAACACUGUGAUGAUGUCAGAGUGGACUAGCCAGCCGCUAGCGAGGUCACGCCAUCGGUGGACAAAGCGGCGUUGUGUUCCCGCGUGAAGAUGCCACGCCCGGCAGGAACAUCUCCAAGCUACGUAAAAGCGUGCGGAGAUUGAACGCUGAAAUCCUUGGCAGUGGAGACGAAAUAAAGCUGGUCUUUAUUGCUCUGAAAAUGCUGCCUUCUUGCCUUCUUUCUUUCUUUCUUUCUUUCUUUGUUUCUUUGUUUCUCUCCUGCAGAAGAGAAGCAUGAAGACGUCUAGCCAAGUAAGAGACACCUUUUUCUUCAUUCUUCUUGGAGUUCUUGUCUUUCAUCAAUGCCAUGUAGGUUAUGUAAGAGAAUAAAACGCGAGGUGGAGCCAUUGUCGUCUUCUAGCUACUUCUAUUCACACUGGAAACAAAUCCUACGUGACUGAAAUCAAUUGUUUGUUUCGUUAGAAAACGAUUCCCUUCCAUUCUGUUUGAUUUGAAAGGGAAGAUUGAAGCGGGAGAAGUGUCGCUUCCAGUUAUGACGUCACCAGCAACACGCUGGUGUACCGCCCUCUGCUGGCCGCUGUCGUCACGUACACAAAUGGACGCCUUCGCGUGCUUGUACAGGUAGUUCGUCACACGUGGACGUGGACAAUAAUCCAAAUGUAGAGAUUAUUUGUCAUUCUAGGAGGUGCUGAUCGAAAUGAUAAAAAAUGAGAUUAAAUUGGUCCAUAUAUGUAUCUAAAAUAGUUUAUAGUGAAUAAAGCAAAGCAAAUGUGUGUGUAUAUAUAUAU